AUGCGUUUUACUUCCUUCGCCGCUGUUGCGGCCUUGGUGACAGUUGCCAUCGCUGCCCCAACUAAUGUCCAGCGACACGUCCUCCACGAACGCCGUUCACCAAACGAAGCAUGGGUCAAGCGCGAUCGACUCAACAGCAACGUCAAGUUGCCAAUGAGGAUCGGACUGACCCAAUCAAACUUGGAGGAGGGUCACGAAUAUCUCAUGGAAAUUUCCGACCCAAGCAGCAGCAACUACGGCAAGCACAUGACUGCGGAAGAGGUCCACGACUUCUUCGCCCCUGCACAGGAGAGCGUGGAUGCCGUGCGCUCUUGGCUUGAGAAGGCCGGUGUAGAGGCCAACCGCAUUUCACAGUCUGUCAACAAGCAAUGGAUUCAGCUCGACCUUAGUGCUUGGGAGGCAGAGUCUCUCCUGCAGACUAAGUACCACUUCUUCGAGCAUGCCCCGACUGGCAAGUCAACGAUCGCUUGCGAUGAAUAUCACGUUCAUGAAGAUGUGAAGAAGCACAUUGAUUACAUCACGCCUGGAAUCAAGCUCUUCGUUGGCAAGAACUCACGGCCUGCUGAUAAGGAAGACUUGGAAAAGCGAUCCUUCGGUUUCGGCAAGGGUAUGCCCACAUUGCCACCACUCAAGGCGCCGAUGCCAUCGUCAAUCACGGAUCUCCUUCUCAAGCCACUGGACAUCGUUUGCUCAAUCGCCAUCAUUCCAGAAUGCAUUGAGCUUAUGUACAACUUCACCAAGGCGACCUCCGCUCAGAAGGGCAACGAGCUCGGCAUCUUUGAGGACCUCGGUGAUGUCUACUCCCAGACCGACCUGAACUUGUUCUUCCUGGCUCUGACUCUGAACCGAAUCCCGCAAGGCACCCACCCAGCGCUUGACUCGGUCGACGGGGCUACUGCUCCAAACCAGAUCCCCAAUGCAGGUCCAGAAUCUGAUCUUGACUUCCAGAUUAGCUACCCGAUCAUCUACCCGCAGAACUCGAUCCUGUUCCAGACUGACGACCCAGUCUACGAAGCCAACUACACAUACGCAGGGUUCCUCAACAACUUCCUCGAUGCUAUCGAUGGAUCAUACUGCAGUGUGCCAAUGCCUACCGAUGGUGGUGGCAACCUCGACCCUCCUUACCCACACAAUGUGCCCGGUGGCUACAACAAACCACUUCAAUGUGGUGUCUACAAGGCUACCAACGUCAUCUCGGUCUCGUAUGGUGGAAACGAAUUCGAUCUGCCAGCAUCUUACCAGCGUCGCCAAUGCAACGAGUACAUGAAGCUUGGUAUGCAAGGUGUCUCGUUCGUCAUCUCCUCCGGCGACUCUGGCGUUGUAGGACCAGCCGCGAACAGCUCCGACAACGGCUGCAUCAACCAGCAGCUGUACAACCCCGAUUUCCCAGUGACCUGCCCAUACGUUACUGCCGUCGGUGCUACGUACAUCCCACCUGGUGCCAGCGCUUCAAAAGAUCAGGAAGUGGCCGUGACUAGAUUCGGAUCGGGAGGCGGCUUCUCGAACAUCUACGACAGACCAAGCUACCAGUCGGCAGCAGUCAACAACUACUUGACCAAGUACCUUCCAGCGCAGAACAUUCCAUCAUACACCGACUUCAACGCUCCCGGAAAUGGUCUGUUCCGCAAGAGCGGUCGGGCUUACCCUGACGUCGCCGCAAUUGGAGAUAACGUUGUCAUCUUCAACAAUGCUGCCCCAACUCUGAUUGGUGGUACCAGUGCUUCAGCUCCUGUAUUCGCCUCGCUCUUGACACGUAUCAACGACGAGAGACUCAAGGCCGGCAAGAAGGCAGUCGGGUUCGUCAACCCUACUUUGUACGCGAAUGCAGGCGCCUUCCACGAUAUUACUACUGGACACAACAAUGAGGCUGGUGGUGACUGCGGUCGUGCCAACAACAAUGGUGGACAAGGCUUCUCGGUGUCCUCAGGAUGGGACCCUGUGACUGGUCUAGGCACGCCAAACUACCCAGCUCUGCUGAAGGUGUUCAUGGCUCUGCCAUAG